AUGACGCAGGCUCUUCCGCAGGAGAAGGCACCACUCUCCCCUUCUCGCUUGCAGAGACAGUCGAGCUCCACAAUGAAGAUCCGUGAGAGAGCCGCGACCAUCCGGAAGAGCUUUCAGCGACCGAAAUUCUGGGUGACGGGCUUUGGCUGGUGCUUGGCUGCAUGUGCGGGCGCUGCCAACACCAUUGCUUUCAAGUGCUGGAUGCUCUACGCAUCCCAUGUGACAGGCAGUACAUCCAACAUGGCCUUCCGGCUCGAGGGCUACCAACAAGGUGAGUACGGCUCUGAGUCGCUGAAGGAGGCCUGCUCUUUGGUCUUGUCCUUCCUGGUAGGGGCAUAUGCCUGUGGGGUCCUCAUCGACAAGAAUCAAGUGCACUUCAUGGGCAAGGCGUUUUAUGGCCUGGCCCUGGUGCUCAACUCCGCGCUCUUGAUCACGGCGGCAUUUAUCCCCGGUCGCCUGGUGCCAGCAUGCUUUGUGUCCGCGGCCUGUGGCUUGCAAAAUGCCAUGUGCACGUCGCACUUCGGC